AACGGGAUUUACCAGUCCGGCGAAUCACGUACAAUGUCAAAAAGCUUUCGGGAGAUUGUACGCCAAGAUGGAACAAGUUAUUGAAACUAAACUGCGACACGCAAUUAUUUCUAAUGCUCUCUUUCAAUGGCCUUUCUUCUUUCCCAGACAAAGAGUUUAAUUGGCUUGUGGAAAAUACUCAAGAAUAUCUAAGGAGACGAGCUUUUCUUUCGAACUGGAUCCUGCGUGACUCCAUUCGAAGAACCGUAGUAAAACUGCCACUAAAUGCGAGCACGCGGCCGUUCCUUCGAAAAUACCACAACGCAGAAAUUGAUCUGUGCGAACCAGGAAUCUCACCUGAAACAGAGCAUACAUGCAGUUCCGAAGCAAGCAAUUACAUAUAUCCUCAGAAUAAUGAUACGACACCCAAAAACUAUGGACAGAAACGUAUGCGGCAAUAUACAGAAGAUGAGGGAGAUGUACGAGAUAAUCAGAUGGUAGCAAAGUUGACAGAGCCGUCUAAUGGAAAGAGGGAAGUGAAAUACAUGUUCACGAAUGCUCCUGUCGACAGUAUCUUAGCCCUGCCAGAACAAUUUAAACGGGCCAUUCAGAACAGCAGUCUCUGGAAAUGGGAAAGAAGCCGACAAUUAAGUACGACAGGAUGCUUGGCUGUGAUGUUCCCCAAAGACGAUUCACAGGAUGUUUCAUUCACAUUCUGGUGUGGCCAUGAUGAUGGGUAUUUCCUGAAUGAUCUCUUCAAGGUCCAAUGCGCGCUCUCCUCCUAAAGUUUAAAAAAGACCACAGCGCCUCGAACAUAGCAUGUGUAUUUUGGUGGUAUUUCGAAGUCUUCGAAUUCUGUCAAGUUUUCUUUGAAGACGAGCUGGUCACUUGUUUCUUUGUUGAUAAUCGAAAGAUAUGCGCCUUUGAAGGAUAUUACCUUCCUUUUAUCGUCGGGUGGAAAACGAUGGCUGGGGAUUUCCUCUUCAUAUCCAGAAAGAGCCCUCUCCCCUCUCUCCAUGGCCAGUAAUAAAUAUCUGCCCUGUAAAUUGGCUGGUAUUCACGUUUUGCCAAAUAUACGCCUUCCGAAGACUUGGGUCCAAGAAGGGUGAAUGUAAAUUGCGAAAGAAACGUUGGUACAGAAACCGUGAAAAAGAUGUAUGGCAAGCGAAAGAUCGGGGUGUACUUAUAUUCGGAUCAGGGCACUUGAGAGCUGAAUGCGACUGUUACCCUUAUAUAGGGAGUCUUCAAUAUCAUAAACCAUAGCACCGUCGUUGGCAUUUG